CGUGCGCGACCGGGGACUCAGCGGAGGCGGGGCGGGCUUCGGCUCUGACUUCCAACAUGGCGCACGCGGGUGGCGGCAGCGGCGUCGGGGGCUCCGCGGGCCGAGGGCUGAGCGGCGCCCGCUGGGGUCGCUCGGGCUCCGCGGGCCACGAGAAGCUGCCCGUGCAUGUCGAGGACGCGCUGACUUACCUGGACCAGGUGAAGAUCCGUUUCGGCAGCGACCCUGCUACCUACAACGGCUUCCUGGAGAUCAUGAAGGAGUUCAAAAGCCAGAGCAUCGACACCCCCGGAGUCAUCAGGCGCGUGUCGCAGCUCUUCCACGAGCACCCCGACCUCAUCGUGGGGUUCAACGCCUUCCUGCCGCUGGGGUACAGGAUCGACAUCCCCAAGAAUGGCAAGCUGAAUGUGCAGUCGCCCCCGUCAGGCCAGGAGGACGCGCAUGGACACGGCCACGGGGACUGCGCGGGGGAUGUCAAGCAGCCUGCGCCGUACAAGGAGGACCGACCGCAGGCGCUGGAGUCCGACUCGGUGGAGUUCAACAACGCCAUCAGCUACGUGAACAAGAUCAAGACCCGCUUCCUGGACCACCCCGAGAUCUACCGCUCCUUCCUGGAGAUCCUGCACACCUACCAGAAGGAGCAGCUGGGUGCCAAGGGCCGGCCGUUCCGUGGCAUGUCGGAGGAGGAGGUGUUCGCCGAGGUGGCCAGCCUCUUCCGCGGCCAGGAGGACCUGCUCUCCGAGUUCGGCCAGUUCCUGCCUGAAGCCAAGCGCUCCCUGUUCACAGGAAACGGGCCGUGCGAGACGAGCAGCGUCCCCAAGGCCGGACACGAGAGGGGCUUGGAGCACAGCAAAAAGCGCUCGCGGCCCUCGCUGCUCCGGCCCGUGUCGGCGCCGGCCAAGAAGAAGAUGAAGCUUCGUGGGAACAAGGACCUGUCCAUCGCGGCCGUGGGGAAGUACGGGACCCUGCAGGAGUUCUCCUUCUUCGACAAGGUGCGCCGCGUGCUCAAGAGCCAGGAGGUGUACGAGAACUUCCUGCGCUGCAUCGCGCUCUUCAACCAGGAGCUGGUGUCGGGCUCCGAGCUCCUGCAGCUGGUCAGCCCCUUCCUAGGCGAGCGGUCCGGGGACGGGAUGAGCCGGGAGAUUGACUACGCCUCCUGCAAGCGCAUCGGCUCCAGCUACCGGGCGCUGCCCAAGACCUACCAGCAGCCGCGUGCCUGGCCUUGAACACUGUGCAAGGAGGUGGGGCCGCGUGGAUGGGACGCCACCCCCGCCCCGGGCGCCUGUGCGGGCUCCCGGGAUCCCCCGCGGCACCAGCGGGUGGCGCAGGUGCAGGGUCCCGGCCGGGGCUGCCUGAACGACACCUGGGUGUCCUUUCCCUCGUGGUCGGAGGACUCCACCUUCGUCAGCUCCAAGAAGACGCCCUACGAGGAGCAGCUGCACCGCUGUGAGGACGAACGCUUUGAGCUGGACGUCGUCUUGGAGACCAACCUGGCCACCAUCCGCGUGCUGGAGAGCGUGCAGAAGAAGCUGUCGCGGAUGGCGCCCGAGGACCAGGAGAAGUUCCGGCUGGACGACUCGCUGGGCGGCACGUCCGAGGUGAUCCAGCGGCGCGCCAUCCACCGCAUCUACGGCGACAAGGCCCCCGACAUCGUGGAGAGCCUCAAGAAGAACCCGGUCACCGCCGUGCCCGUGGUGCUCAAAAGGCUGAAGGCCAAGGAGGAGGAGUGGCGGGAGGCGCAGCAGGGCUUCAACAAGGUGUGGCGGGAGCAGUACGAGAAGGCGUACCUCAAGUCGCUGGACCACCAGGCCGUGAACUUCAAGCAGAACGACACCAAGGCCCUGCGCUCCAAGAGCCUGCUCAACGAGAUCGAGAGCGUGUACGACGAGCACCAGGAGCAGCACUCUGAGGGCCGCAGCGCGCCACCCAGCGAGCCGCACCUGGUCUUCGUGUACGAGGACCGGCAGAUCCUGGAGGACGCGGCGGCGCUCAUCAGCUACUACGUGCAGCGGCAGCCGGCCAUCCAGAAGGAGGACCAGGGCACCAUCCGCCAGCUGCUGCACCACUUCUUGCCCAGCCUCUUCUUCUCACAGCAGCUCGAGCUGGGCGCCGACGAGGAGUCCGCCGACGAGGAGCGCGACGGGGCGCCGGGCGCUGGGCAGGGCGCGGCCGGGGAUGCGGCCGAGCGCAGGAAGCCGGGGUCGGGGUCGGGGCCGGGGCCGGCGGAGGAGAGGGCGGCGGCGGCGGUGGCGGCGGCGCCGCUGCUGGACGACGUGUACAGCCUGCUCUUCGCCAACAACAACUGGUACUUCUUCCUGCGGCUGCACCAGACGCUGUGCGCGCGCCUGCUGCGCAUCUACCGCCAGGCGCAGAAGCAGCUGCUGGAGUUCCGGCGCGAGAAGGAGCGGGAGAAGCUGCUGUGCGACGGCCGCCGCGAGAGGGGCAGUGACCCCGCCAUGGAGCUGCGGCUCAAGCAGCCCAGUGAGGUGGAGCUGGAGGAGUACUACCCGGCCUUCCUGGACAUGGUGCGCAGCCUGCUGGAGGGCAGCAUCGACCCCACGCAGUACGAGGACACCCUGCGCGAGAUGUUCACCAUCCACGCCUACAUCGGCUUCACCAUGGACAAGCUGGUGCAGAACAUCGCCCGGCAGCUGCACCACCUGGUGAGCGACGACGUGUGCCUGAAGGUGGUGGAGCUCUACCUGAGCGAGAAGCGGCGCGGCGCGGCCGGAGGGAACCUGUCCUCCCGCUGCGUGCGCGCCGCCCGCGAGACCAGCUACCAGUGGAAGGCCGAGCGCUGCAUGGCCGACGAGAACUGCUUCAAGGUGAUGUUCCUCCAGCGCAAAGGCCAGGUCAUCAUGACCAUCGAGCUCCUGGACACGGAGGAGGCCCAGACGGAGGACCCCGUGGAGGUGCAGCACCUGGCACGCUACGUGGAGCAGUACGUGGGGACCGAGGGAGCGUCGAGCUCACCCUCCGAGGGCUUCCUGCUCAAGCCCGUGUUCCUGCAGAGGAACCUGAAGAAGUUCCGGCGCUGGCAGUGCGAGCAGGUGCGGGCCCUGCGCGGCGAGGCCAAGAGCGCGUGGAAGCGGCUGACGGGCGUGGAGAGCGCGUGCGGCGUGGACUGCCGCUUCAAGCUGGGCACGCACAAGAUGGUGUUCGUGGUCAACUCCGAGGACUACAUGUACCGCCGCGGGACCCUCUGCCGCGCCAAGCAGGUGCAGCCCCUCGUGCUGCUGCGGCACCACCAGCACUUCGAGGAGUGGCACAGCCGCUGGCUGGAGGACCACGUGACGGGGGAGGCGGCCGGCCUGGUGCAGGACUGGCUGAUGGGCGAGGAGGACGAGGACAUGGUGCCCUGCCAGACGCUGUGCGAGACGGCGCACGUGCACGGCCUGCCAGUCACGCGCUACCGCGUGCAGUACGGCUGCCGCCCUGCCUCGCCCUGAGCGCCCCGGGGGAGGGGCCGCCUCCAAGAGACGCGGAGCACCCUGGGAGCUGGCGCUGCGGGCAGGCGGACCCCCGGGGGCCCGGUGCCGGCGGGGGCCCUGCACUGGGCGAUUCUCCCCUCCUGCCGCGGCCCGGGGCUUCUCGGGGGUGAGGUCGCCCCAGGGAACCCCCACUCCUGCCGCCUUUGCCGUGCCAAGGAGCCCCAGUGGCCGCGGACGGGGGCCAGGCCCGACCCCCGGAGCCGGCCGCCGGGACAGGCGCGCCCGACCCCUGGUUCCCGGAGGCGGAGCCGCGCUGCUGGAAGUUCCUGGGGACCUGGAGAUGCUGCGCCCCGAGGGAGGCCCCCGUGCCCGCCCCUGCCCCGCCGCAUGCGCCCUGGAGACCUUUCUGUUCUGGGCCUGUCCGUCCUCUGCCGCUGUUUUGAAUGUAGUUCUCCUUUUCUAUUUAUUUGCACAUUAAAGUUAACGGUUAAACGCGGG